GGCGAUGCGGGUACGUAUAUAAGGAGGCGCCGUCAAUGAAUGCUCAGAGUGCAGCUUCCAGCUGAAGUUCAAGAUGGCUCGUAACGUGGCAGUGACCUCCCUCCUCGUGGCUCUGUGCCUCGUGGCAGCAGUUGCUGGACACAGCAGGUACGGCAUUGGCGGAUUCGGCGGUGGGGUGCUCGGUGGUGUCCACGGAGGUGUCCUUGGUGGUGUUCACGGCGGUGCCAUCGGAGGUGUCCAUGGAGGUGGCGUCCAUGGCCUAGGACUCGUAGGCUCUGGCAUCCACGGCGCUGGAUCCUUCAACACCGCUCAUUACCCUGGUCUUGUGCCUGGUUACAGCUUCUACGACCAAAGACCCGUGCUCGGAUACAACAGCUGCAAGUACUGGUGCAAGAGUCAUUACACCAACAAGUACUACUGCUGUCAACAACCUUACCAGGGAUAGAAUUCUUCAAUGAAAAAUAUUUAUGUUAAUCGUCUGUUAUAGUACCACUAAUAUUGUUUGCUCAAAAAUAAAACUUAUUUUAGUUACA